AUGCUCCGCAAUAACCUCCUUAUCAACGUUUCAGAGAACCGUCUCUGCACGGCUGUCGGCAUCAAACUAAUCACCGAGACGGAAGCCGUGUCUCUCGCCAAAGCGGCCGGAUAUGACACCGUCUUCAUCGAUCUCGAACACUCGGUCCUGUCAGAGCGGGAUGCCAGUCGACUAUGCUCGGCAGCCCUAUCCGCCCGCAUCACUCCUUUUGUGAGAGUCCCCUACCAGUGUGGCCAAGGCUACGUGCAAAGAAUACUCGACGAGGAAGCAAGAGAAGCAGUAGCAUACACCAAGUUCCCGCCCAAAGGCCGAAGAUCCUUGACGGCUGCUUUACCGCACUUUCAUUUCCAGCGAGUCGCAGCAAAACACGUUAUCGAGCAGCUGAACGAUGUCGGCUCCACGGUAUUCCUCUUGAUUGAGACGAGAGUGUCGCUUGACAAUAUCGACGCCCUUGCUGCGUUGGAGGGAGUUGAUGUUCUGCUGGUCGGUGCCAACGAUCUGUCGUUGGAACUGGGCAUCCUGGGCGAAUGGGAAAGUCCAAUCUUUCAGUCGGCGCUCGCAAAGAUCGCCGUGGCAGCGCAGCGUGCAGGGAAGAUCUUCGGUAUCUGUGGCCUCUACACGAGACCGGACAUAUACAGAGUGGCCGUAAGAGAGCUUGGGGCUCGCUAUGUUCUCGGCCACGUUGAUCUCGGCCUGUUAGCCAUGUCCAUGAGAAAUAAUGUGGAGUUGCUGCGUAACAUCGAUACUGGUGCUGGCUCGAGCAUGGACGAAUGA